CGAUUUGCGGUUCUUUGAGAUACUCGCGCCCCUAACGUGAGACUACCGCGGCCAAAUCCGCAUCAUCCAUCAAGUCGACGUGCGACCAGCCUAUUCUAAUCAAACCAUCCUCGAAUUCCGCAUCGUGCCGUUUCCCUUACAAUAUCCAUGUUUGCGACCUGAGCAAAUAUUCCACCAAAGUCGAGCGGACCACAUCGGCCGAGAUAUCGUCAUAACCGCUAGCCCCCGCUGCGCAGCGCGACCACAACACGAUGGCGCCAGUUGGACCUAUAGUCCAUCAAAAUGUCGCCAACAAAGUGAAGCGCCCAGUGCCUCCUGGAAUCCAGACGAAUGGCGCUAUAGCAUCCUCAAAAUCAUCACCAUCACCAUCAAUGUCGGCAAAGAAACCUCCGUUGAGUGCCAAGCAGCCGCCGCAUUCGGCGAGCGACAGAGCCAUUACCGCAUCAACCGUCCGACCUGUCAACAGAGCCCGACGAGAAACCGCAUCGCAAUUACAGGGCCGGCACUCUAGGAAUAGUGCUGGCCUACGAUCAGCGUCAUUAGCGGCAGACCACUCUGGUCACGACGCGGAGCCUCGACCCUACAUUGUCACAGACUCCUAUAUCCUAAACAAAUUCGCCGGUCGGCCUCCCUCUCUUGUCUGCCAUCUACACACAACGCAUUUCCGAUUCGAUAACCAAGAUGGCGUGUUUCCGUACAAGUCACCGAUGAAGAUAUUUCUCGACCACGUCAGAAGCCGGACGAUCCCCCAUGAUCUUCUUUCCUACUUCACUGAUGCCGGUGUGCCAUUCUAUGAUGGAUGUCUUAUUGUUCAAGUUCACGACCACAAGUCUCUUGCGCAAGCGAAGAACGUUGCCAAACCCACAAAAGAAAAGGGUUCCAUGAUGCCGUCUUCUAUUCAUAACUACAACCAAUGUCUCACACCAUCACCGAAUGUUCCUUUCCCUAAAGAAAGUUUGUCAAAUGGCGAUGUCAACUCAAAAGGGAAUGACGUGGCAGAAAAGGAAAAUGCUCCAGUCAUGCCAGCGCCAGAAGAGCAAAAAGACAGAGCGACCAAGCCACGAGUCUUUACCAUGGUGCUCCACCCGACGCCCGAAAGUUUACAGAUGGACCUGUUAAUAAAAGCUUCUACCCCGCGAGGACAGGGUGAUGGCCUUGGCCAACCUCCCACCCCGAUGUCUCUUAUUCCCCCGACACCUACAGCCGGUAGCAUGCCGCCACCCGCAAAACGCCAGAAGCGUGAAAAGACAGAGCUUGACAGCAGUAAUAUUCAUGCUGCAGAGGGGCAGAUCCUGUUGGCAACAAAUGCGCCAUUGGUGCUUGAGCCUACCAAGAAUCUUGAAGAAACAAUCCUCCUCUUGGAGGCGAUGAGCCACCCCAAGCAUGCAGAAGCUCCACCUCAGCCCAAAACACGCAAGCGAACUGUCGCCGAGAUGGCUGCGGACGAAGCCGCUGCUGCAGAGACGGAACGCUUCAUGCUGGUCGCCGACGAGCGUCUUGCGCCAAAUGCGAAUGGAGCGCAGAAUGGUGGUACAACCGAUGGCGAUGCCUCAGGCGGCGCAUCGGUAUUCGAGCCUCGAUUCGAACGAUUCAAGGUUUUGGCUGACAUUACUCGAGAACAUGCCGAAAAGAAGGAACAAGAGAAGCUUAAGCAACUUGAGAACGACAGGAAAUUGCAACAAGCGAAACAGCAGCAGCAGCAAGAUGCGGUCGCGAUGGCUCAGAAAAAAUGCUGA